ACAGCAUCGCCAUGUCUGUUCAAUACAGCUCAAGCAAGCAGUACUCUUCCUCCCGCUGUGGAGGAAGAAGUGGUGGUGGAGGAGGGUCAUCCAUCAAAAUUUCGAGCAGCAAAGGCUCCAUUGGUGGAGGAUUUGUCCCAGGGGGGUUCAGCUGUGGCUCUUUUAGCCGGGGGAGCUCUAGUGGGGUGUGCUUUGGGGGUUCAUCAGGUGGCUAUGGAGGAAUAGGAGGAGGUUUGGGUGGAGGUAGCUUUGGUGGAAGCAUCUUCAGUGGGGGCUAUGGAGGAGGCAGCUUUGGAGGGGGCUAUGGAGGAGGUGGCUUUGGAGGAGGAAGCUUUGGUGGGGGCAGCUUUGGAGGAUUUGGUGGUGGAUUUGGAGAGGGCGGCCUUCUCUCUGGAAAUGAAAAGCUAACCAUGCAGAAUCUGAACGACCGCCUGGCUUCCUACCUGGACAAAGUCCGGGCACUGGAAGAAUCAAACUAUGAGCUAGAGGGCAAAAUCAAAGAGUGGUAUGAAAAGCAUGGUAAUGUAGGCCAGCGAGAGCCUCGUGACUACAGCAAAUACUUCCAAAUCAUCGAAGAACUUAAAAAUCAGAUCAUCAAUCUAACAACUGACAAUGCCAAUAUUCUGAUCCAGAUUGACAAUGCCAGGCUGGCAGCUGAUGACUUCAGGCUGAAGUAUGAGAACGAGGUAGCCCUACGCCAGAGCGUGGAGGCCGACAUCAAUGGCCUGCGCAGGGUGUUGGAUGAGCUGACCCUGGCCAGGGCUGACCUGGAGAUGCAGAUUGAGAGCCUGACUGAAGAGGUGGCCUACCUGAAGAAGAACCAUGAACAGGAAAUGAGAGACCUCCAGAAUGUAUCCACUGGUGACGUGAAUGUGGAAAUGAAUGCUGCCCCAGGUGUUGAUCUGACUGAACUUCUGAAUAACAUGAGAAGCCAAUACGAACAACUUGCUGAGCAAAACCGCAGAGACGCUGAAGCCUGGUUUAAUGAAAAGAGCAAGGAACUGACUAUAGAAAUCGACACUAACAUUGAACAAAUAUCCAGCUAUCAAACUGAGAUUACCGAAUUGAGACGCACUGUUCAAGCUUUGGAGAUAGAACUACAGUCCCAACUAGCCCUGAAACAAUCCCUGGAAGCUUCCUUGGCAGAAACAGAAGGCCGCUACUGUGUGCAGCUCUCACAGAUUCAAGCCCAGAUUAGCGCUCUGGAGGAACAACUGCAGCAGAUUCGAGCUGAAAUCGAGUGCCAGAAUGCUGAGUACCAACAACUCCUGGAUAUUAAGAUCCGACUGGAGAAUGAAAUUCAAACCUACCGCAGCCUCCUAGAAGGAGAGGGAAGCACCGGCGUUAUCUACUACGGCGGCGGGCGCGGCGGCGGAAGUUCCGGCGGUGGCUACGGCGGAAGUUCCGGCGGCGGUGGCGGCUACACCGGCGGCAGCUCUAGCGGCGGCGGCCAGGGAGGCAGUUCCGGCGGCGUCCAGACCGGAAGUAUCAGCUACAAGGUUUCCUCCAGCUCCUCCACGUCUGUUGGAGAGUCCUCAUCAAAAGGAGCAAGGUCAGCAGAACCCAGCUGGGAUACUAACAAGACCAGAGUAAUCAAGACGAUUAUUGAAGAGGUGGCACCUGAUGGUAGAGUUCUUUCGUCUAUGGUUGAAUCAGAAACCAAGAAACACUAUUAAGCCGCAUCAAGAGGAAAGAGUCUCCCCUCACAAAGGCCAUUAUAUAUAAACGCAUGGAAAACAAAAUCUCCAAGAAAACACCUCGGUCUUAAUGGUCUAUGGAAACAGGUUCACUUCUUGAAAGUAAGGUGUCUAAAAGGUGUUUCGUGGAUUCUGUAUUUCUUCUUUUCACUUUACCAGAAAGUGUUCUUUAAUUAAAAGAAAAACUUUCUAUUCUCCUUUACUGAUGAAUUUCAAUAAACUUUCUUACUGAUGCAAACUAUCCAAUUUGGUCAGAAUUGUCUUUGUUUCACUUAGAUAAUUUUUUUAACAUUAAAAUUAGUAAGCUAUAGCAUCUGAAGAUUGAUUGAUCCAAAAAUUCUACAGCCUGAAUUACUGUAAUUAUGAUUUCUCUGAAGUAAGUUUUUAAAUCUUGUGUGCACACACUGUCAGUAAGAUCACUGAAUAAAAAGUCUGUGAGUCACCACUCAUAUUCUUUCUUAAAAACACACAACAUGUGGAAAGCUCACAGCUCUCUGGCUUUAAACUAUUUAGUUCUUAGAAAUUUUGAAAUAUCCAAAAUAAGACCCCCAAAAUAAAAUUAAUUGGAAAUUUCACAUUUUCUAAUUACAUGAUUUCUCACAUUUUUCUGCCCUCGUUUUCUUCCCAUUACUAUAUUGCUUCUUAAUUGUUGUGACCUUAAGAGAUAACUCCUAAUACUUAACAACUCAGUAAAAUCAU